AAAUAAUCUGACUCUCCAAGCACACGUGGGUGACACCCUCGCGGUUUAUUUUUUGCCCACACACCGCCCGAGCUGGAUAUGUAAACGUUUGCUUCAAGCAAUCAACGCAGGCUGGAGUCAUAUCUCGGCUGCGAUCUUAAGGAAAACUAGUGGGUCUGGGACCCUACAGAGCACCUCUCACAUCCCUGCACUUUCCCUUAGUGGGGCUGCAGGUGGCGGUCAGUUGAGUUUCCUCAGCAACCCACAAUCUUCAGAGGGGAACCUGGUCACUGUAGGAACCCUAGACCAGGGAAACGCGAUUCACCGGAGCUCUUUCUCAACUGCACCGAGGCGGAAGCAAGGUGCUGAGGGAAUGCACUGGGUGGAGAGAGGGCGCGCUCAUUUGAAUCGCUGAUAAUGUCCUCGUGGAUUUGGCUGUGUAAAGACUUCGAGAUUUGGUUCCUUCCGGAUCUGGGUACAGGUGGACCCAGUUGCUUCAGGAGUCUGGCAGAGCCGGAUUUGUGUUCUGCCCGGGAAAUUUUCUACCCGAGUUACCGUGGGCAAGUUGCUUCCCUCUUGUGGACCCCUGUCUCAGGAUGUGGCAGUUCGAAGGUUCUCAGCAAAUGUUGACAGCAACAUCUUAGAAACAAAACGAUGGAGAACUGGAACCCAUGACUGAUUCUUCUUCACCCAGCUCAGGGAUCAUUCCCAGCCCCUACCUCAGUGACUGAUAGCACAAGAGAGACUCAGGAGCUUGGAAAGCUUUCUCCAAGAAUGAAGUUCUGGGGACAAAUACUUUGGACCCUUCUAUCUGGUCCCCGAGGAAGGAGGGGAGCCCCCCAGGGCUGGGCCUUUAACUCAUGGAAGACUUAUUCAUCUCCAGCUGGGCUGUCGAGUGCCACAGGGAUAGUCAACCACUGGACACGGGUCUUUGAGGAAAGAGGCAUCCCAGAGGCCCGGGAAUCCAGUGAGUACAUCGUGGCUCAUGUCCUUGGAGCCAAAACAUUUCAGAGCCUGAGACCAGCACUUUGGACCAAACCAUUGACCCCUCAACAGCUGGAGUGCAUCCAGGAGCUGUGUAACCAUAGAUUACAAAGGAUGCCGGUGCAGUAUAUCCUUGGGGAAUGGGACUUUCAGGGGCUCAAUCUGAAGAUGGCACCCCCAGUGUUCAUUCCUCGGCCAGAGACAGAAGAACUGGUUGAAUGGGUUUUAGAGGAAGUGGCCCAGAGGCCCCCUGCAGUGAGAGCCCAAGAUGGUCCCCUCAUUCUGGAGGUGGGCUGUGGAUCAGGAGCCAUUGCUCUCAGCCUGCUGAGCCAGCUCCCUAAGACUCAAGUCAUUGCUGUGGAUAAGGAAGAAGCUGCAGUGAGUCUGACCCUUGAGAAUGCUCAGAGGCUUCAGCUGCAGGACAGGAUUCGGAUUAUCCACCUUGAUAUAACCUCAGAGGGGUGCUGCACACACCUCUUACCCUGGGGCCCCAUGGACUUGGUGGUGAGCAACCCUCCCUACAUCUUCCGCAAGGACAUGGAACAGCUGGCUCCCGAGAUCCGCAGUUACGAAGAUCUGGUGGCACUGGAUGGUGGUGACGAAGGCAUGGACAUCAUCACCCACAUCUUGACCUUGGCACCCUGGCUCUUGAAUGCCUCUGGAAGCAUCUUUUUAGAAGUGGACCCAAGACACCCAGAGCUUGUCAGCAGUUGGCUUCAGAGCCAGCCUGACCUGCACCUUAGUCUUGUGGGUGUCCGUGAAGACUUCUGCGGGAGACCCCGGUUCCUGCAUGUCCAGAAGUCUGCACCAUAGUGUGGCUACUCUGUGAACACCUGGCCAGGAUGCUAGCCUGCUGGGUGCCUGACUCACCCUGCAUGGAGUGCUGCCCAGGGGGAGGUGUACAACGCUUUCCUGAACCCCUGGCACGGCCCAUGGUUCUGUGAUUCCCCAUCAUGGAUAUUUCUAGGAGACUCAGAAACACAGAUGGAGAGUUCUUCUGGGUCAGCAAAGAACAGAGACUCAAGAGCUGGGUUUCCAGCCGAGCUCUGUCACCUCAGUGUAGCAGGCUACUUGGUAUUCCUCUUGGUGAAAUUGCUGUGUAGAUGUUGGGAAGUGUGGCAAGUAAGGUAUUGAGAGAGCAAUAAAUGGUGAACCAGUA